UGCUGUAAAGCUAAUAAAACUCACUUAAGAAUAUAAUAUUAUGAUUUCAAAUAAGAUUAUCUACAUUUGUAUUAUCACAUAAGCAACCACAUAACAAAAAUAUAUAUAUAAUCAGUAUAUUCCAGCAUAAUGCUUUCCCACCUAAGAGUGCAGCGCAAAACAAUAGGCAACUGAAUGAGAUCUCUCUAUUAAAUAAUCUCUACAGAUGUAUAAGUAUGUAAUUCCGCAACAAUAUUUAACAUCAAAUAGACAUCUGUGCGCAAUAAGAGACCAUUUUUAAUUUUCUUAUUGGAUCGAUAUUAAAGUUAUCUAUACUAAUUCUUUAGAAAGAAUUUGAGCAUUUUUACAAACAGGUGACUACUAAUAAAGAUAAUUAGCCCUUAGCUACAAGGUAUCUUUAUUUAUAACAACAUUUGCUCAUUAAUAUGUCCAUACAAAUACUGCUAUCAGUAUGUCUCUUAUCAUGUUAGUGCCUCUACUCCCACAAUGAAUAAAGAUUUGAUGGCCUGACAUAAGUUCGAUGUCUUUUCUUCUUGUAAAAACUAUCUUUAUGUUUAGGAAUUAUUACGCAUUUACAUAUAAAUUAACGUUACAUGUGACGCUUCAACAUCUUCAUAUUUUAAAUGUGUAGUUUUCAUUACAUUGCCGUGAGAGUGUCAUAAACAGAAUGUUAAAUCAUUCCAUCAAAGGUGUUUUAAGACCACUUAAAGUCUGAUAUGUGAUCAUGUUAGACAUCCCGCGUCUUAUAAAUUUACUUAAAUGAUAUGCGUUUUAACUAUAUAGUACUAGUUGCCUAAGCGUUGUUCUGUUUCAGCUGUUUACUUUAUACUGCAAACUACAUAUAUGCGUAAAUGCGAACCACCUUUAUUUUAUCGAACACAUUCACUUAACUAGUUAAUGUGUCAUAGUGUCAAGGCCACGACAGCGAUCGAAUAUGUUUAUUACCCUGUAUUCAGGGCCGGAUUUAGGGGAGGGCAAGCGGUUACGAGUUUCACAAUAGAGAAUUCUUUCUAACUCUCUAUAGUAAACUAUGAUUAAAUGAGAUUUGAAGCAACUAAUUCCUAUUAACAUUAAUUUUGUAGUUAUUCCACUAUGUGGAACCACCUCCCCACUGAAGUAUUUCCGGACCAAUUCGACUUAGGGUCCUUAAAGAAAAGAAUGUACCAAUUCUUAAGGACAUGGACAUUCCACGCACGAUGAUAUGACUUAACGUCAGAUUGACUCCUGUAACAUAAAAAAAACAUUUUUUUAAAGUAGCUUUGAUAGCAGGCUUUAUUAUUAUUUAUGAUUGCAUAUAAGACUUCUAACGACGAGAUGAAUUAAUAAAAGUAAUAUUUUUGUAAAAGUGUGCAGCUCCGGAAGCAUUUACGACCUUAGGAGAAUCACCGAGAAGUUAGAAGUUAGAACACCAGUUCCAUCAUACUAUUAUCGACUGAAAAAUAUUUACUUUAUCGUGAGCAUUAUUUAUAUAGUGGUUUAGUCUAAGAUGCUCAGCCCUCAGGCCCCAACUCAUGACCAGUUAACUAUUCUUUCUAAAUUACCAACAUACACUUGCUCAAACGAUGAAGGAAAAUAUUGUGAGGAAACCGGCAUACUAUAGACCCAAAAAUCGUUAUGUUUCUGCGCAGAAGCCGAUAAACUUGCCUAUUAAGUAUGAUAUUAUCAGUAAAAAAAUGUUGAAUUCUGAGGUCACCAUAUCGAACAGUUUUUGAGAUUAACGCGUUGAAAUAACUUUUCAAUGAUAGUAUAAAUGUAUCCGCAUGAAUUGAAUUUUUUUGUUCAAUUGUAAUCUAUUUUGGCAUUCAGAAGCGUCUGUUUCGAAUCUUCUGGAAGAAGGAACUCGAAAUGAUUCGAAUGAAGAUGCUUUGGAAUUUAAAGAACUUUUUGUUGACCUUUACGCAAUGUAAGAGCCAGGCACUAGGGUGGAGGGAUGGCAGCGGAUAACGCCACGGGCGCAAAGCGUGGGGCAGAACCUAAUUUGUCGGGUGGAGUGCUAGUUGUUACGUCAUUGGUAGCCGGUGCUUCAGCAGGAGCGCUCGCGAAGACCGCUAUUGCUCCUCUAGAUAGAACCAAAAUUAACUUUCAAAUCUCUAAUACACCAUACACAUGGCGCGGUGUUGUUAUAUUCGUACGGAACAGCGUGUCUCGCGAGGGUUGGAUCGCGUUAUGGCGUGGCAACAGCGCGACCAUGGCUCGCAUUAUACCGUACGCUGCGAUACAGUUCACAGCUCACGAGCAAUGGAAACGGUUGCUAGCUGUUGACACACCGCAUACUGCUCAAGAGGCGCCCUUUCGUCACCUGAUAGCGGGAUCCCUUGCUGGGGUUACCUCACAGAGUGCCACAUACCCAUUGGAUUUGGCGAGAGCACGUAUGGCUGUAGCGGACUACAGAUCUCUUAAGGCGGUCUUUGUAAGGAUAUUGAGUGAAGAAGGGGCUGUUACGUUAUAUAGGGGAUAUGGUGCAACAGUACUAGGAGUCAUUCCCUACGCCGGCGUUUCAUUCUUCACGUACGACUCGCUCAAGCAUUGGCAUCUUGAUUAUUCAGGUACAACCCCUCACGGCUUCACAAAUGUUUUAUUUGGGGGUGUGGCUGGGGCUUUGGGCCAAACGUCAUCUUACCCACUAGAUGUCGUGCGCAGGCGCAUGCAAACCGCAAAACGAGCGCCUGAUGGCACAUACCCCUACCCGGCCAUAUUGCCUACGCUGGCACAUAUUUACAGGACUGAGGGUUGGCGGGCAUUUUUCAAAGGUCUGAGUAUGAAUUGGAUUAAGGGACCUAUAGCUGUGGGCAUAUCGUUCGCGACAUACGACCAGAUCAAAACUACUCUACGGGAGAUCGCCUUAACAUUCUCCUCGCUUAGGGAAAACUUAUAAAUGUUGCCAUUAUAAAUAAUUUAUUAGCACAAUAUGUACAGCGUGUUAUCACUGUGAUAUGGGAAUCGUGCAAUUAUUUUAUUUGUCUUUACGAGUUGUUAAAGUUUUAAGCGUAAAAUCAUUUUAUCCGUCAAUUUAAUUAUAUUUUUGUAAUUCAUAUUAAACAACAGUUUAUUUUAUUAGCAAAAGUGUUGCAUGUUGGAAAUAAAACUAAGUAAUGGCAAUACUCCAUAGACCACAGACUAUAGCAAUAAAGAUAAAAUUGUUUACAUUGAUAAUGUUUUUCUGUGCAUUAAUAGGGAAUAUGCAUAUUUCUAUAUCUUCAAUUGAUUAUUACAUCGUUGUACAGUAGAGAAAAUAUAUAGUAGAAAAAUAUACUUGGAAUUAUUAAAAAGUCGAAAUUUUCGCGGGCUUUUGCUUACGUCUUCCCAUUCCUACCUUGAGUCUUUGAGUCUUUCCAUAGUGGUUAUAAGAAAUUUUGUUAAUUUAGAUGAGUUUCAGUCAUCAUUCACUAAAAAUCGUAACAGAACUGAACAAAUUUUUCCACAGAUACUAACUAAUACAGUCUGAAUAUAGUGACGUCAUUUGUUGUUUCGACCAAUGAUGACGCGUUUUGAGAGUUCUAAUUUCCCUCCAUUAUUUUGCACUGUUUAUAUGGCGUUUUAUGGAUUUAGUUAAUAACUAAAAAUAUC